AUGAAGUUCUCCGGACUCCUCGCUGCGGCUUUCGCCUUCACUGCCUAUGCCUCGGUCAUCCCUGCCCAGGCUCCUCCUGCUGUUGCCGAUGUUGGCCACUGCCUUGACUGCACCGUCUCCGCGGUCUUGACCACCGUCACCGACCUCAAGGCCACCGUCGACAAGGAGUUGGUGUCCAUCACCGCGCUUGUUGGCGCCGGCGACCUCACCGUCGACGUUGUCGCUGAGGUCAAGGCCAAGAUCGUCUCCCUCACCGCCGAGGUUGAGGUUGUAGUCAACACUGUCCUUCCUCUCGUUGCCGGUAUCGAUGUUGCUCUUGCUGUCGGCGACCUCCAGGUCCUCCUCAACCUUGUCGUCGAAGUCACUGCCCUCGUUUCCGGACUUGAGAAGACUCUCGCUGGCCUCGUCGUCUCCCUCGGUGAUGAUGUCGCUACCCUCACUGUCGAUCUCGGCCACAUCCUGUACGCCGUCAACUGCCUCCUCACUGCCGUCCUCAACCUCGUCUUCAGCAUCGUUGGCUCUGUCACCGAGUGCGUUCCUCUCGUUGGUGAGCUGCUCCAGGCCGCCAACGGCCUCCUCGCUAUUGUCAAUGGCCUCCUCACCGGCACCCUUGCCGAGAUCUUGGUCGCCGUCCACUUCGUCGAGUGGAUUGUCACGGAUGACCAAUGCCAAACUAAAACCGCAGAAUCGCGCGGUGGCGUGGUCGGAUGCAACCUGGCAGACAAGCUUUAG